AUGCCGGCGACCGCACGCAUCCCCGACGCAUUUGCUGGCGCCGCGGCGGCCAUGCCGGAGCCACAACGCGCCCUACUAGUUGAUGGCGCCGAUCCCUCCACCGUGCCGGCUGAAGAGGUCAUGCGCACGCUCGGUGGCGGCGUCGCAGCGGCCUGCUUCGCCACCGAUGUCGUCACGCUCCCCAGACUGCUUUGCCGAUCGGCGUGCGAGGCGCUCGCGGCGGCGGUGGAUGCGGAGCACGACUGCAUUCGAGAUACAGUUGACGGUGCGCCCGACUGUCAGCUCAAUCUGACGUGCGAGGAGCUGUCGGCGCUGAUUGGAGCCGCGAACGUCGAAGCCAUCGCCGCGGUCGCACGCGCGCUCGACCUGCGCGGUGGCGGCGGACGCCAGCGGGAGCUUGCCAUGGUCGAAGCGUUUGUGAGGAAAUACACGCCAGCGACUCGGCCCUGGCACCCCUUUCAUCAAGACAGAGCGCGAAUUACCGUCAACGUUGCGCUGUCGGACGACUCGCAGCACGGCGGCGGCCGGCUCCUCGGGCUCUUUGCGGACGGCGUGGUCCGGUUCGAUCGAGCCGCGGGCGACGCGACCGUCCACUUCUCGCGGGUCGUCCACGGCGUCUCUCGGAUGGAGCACGGCACGAGGUACGCUCUCAUCGUCUUCCUCGGCGAGGAGCCGCCGGUGAGGAGAACGCUUGGGCCCGAUGGCGUGUGGACAAGAGCUGUGGACGUGUGA